AUGACGAUCUCCAAUGCUAUAACGGCAGAUGAAAGGCAGAAAAUAGCGGAGCUACGAAAACUUGUGAAAGAUGACCUUACGGAGUACUAUGACACAGACUUCAAUCUACUUCGAUGGCUUCAAGGUCAUGCUCAACUAAGCAUUCCAGAAAUAGCCAGAAAAUUACGACAUCAUUUAAAAGCUAGGAAAUCUACAUGGGAUUUUGAUAACAUGCAUAAAAAGGAUCGAACACACCCAAUACACAAUCAUUGGCGUUAUGGGAUUACAGGAAUUUCUGGAGUGCUUGAAAAUGUGAUAGUGAAUAUCGAACAGUGCGGCAAAACAGACUACAGCGGUAUGAUGGAAUGUUUCUCCAUUUCUGAAGUGAUGCGAGCUCGAGUGUUCGACCUUGAAGAAAUGCUCGCAAAAUGUAUGGAACUGGAAAAGCGUACAGGUAAACAAGCGUGGAUUCUCUAUGUUAUGGAUGUUACGGGUCUCGAAUACAAUAAGAAACUGUACGAUCUGAUAACAGGAUCAAUGAAAUCGUUGGCCGAAUUUAUGUCCGAUCAUUAUGUCGAGAUGAUUAAGUUCUUUGUGCCUGUCAAUUUACCCUCAUUCGCAGUCGCAUUUUGGACAAUUGUCCGGCCGUUACUUCCGGAAAGAACAAAACACAAGGUGCGUAUUCUUUCGUCUUCAAAUUGGAGGGAUGAAAUCCUGCAAUUUUCUGACAACGAUGCGCUUCCAGCUAUUUGGAAUGAUGAAACGCAUACAUUCCCAGCACAUGUUGACACACCUCAAAUGUACUCAAAAGAUUGGUAUUACUCCAGCAAGGGGCUCAAGGUUCCUGAAAACGCUCAAGUGAUUGAUGUACAUGCGGGGAAAUACCAUAACAUAUCGAUGAUGCUCAGCCAAGGCGAUGUCGUUUCGUGGUGGGUGGCCGGGAACCGUAGUUUUGGCUUCGGUUUCUUCUCAGCACAUCACGAAGAUGACAACGAUUUUGAAGUCAUGGAUCAGAUAGUGCCUACAUUUCCAUGGAUGCCAGGACCUACUGUGACACCCUUAGAAGACAGCUUAGAAAUUGCAGAGGAUGGCUGGUAUAAAUUUUGGAUUAGCAAUGAACGGUCGUGGUGGUCUACUCUAAGCGUGCAGAUACGUAUAGAGCGUUUUCCACUUAGAAGGUGGCGGAUUCCAAUUAUUCCAAAGAAAAUGCGUUGGGUCGUGAUCUCACUCUUGGCGUUUUCAUCGUUAUGUUCUGGCUUCUAUCUUCCCGGAUUGGCACCCGUGAACUUCUGUGAGGCACCUAAAAGUAAACCAACAUGCCCGAGUAAUGUAACACUAUUUGUUAAUCACUUGGAUAGUGAUCAAUCCGUGAUUCCCUAUGAAUACCAUAGUUUUGAUUUCUGUGUGGGUUCCGAAGAGGAAUCCCCUGUUGAAAACCUUGGUCAAGUGCUUUUUGGCGAACGAAUUCGACCGAGCCGAUACCAGAUAUCAUUCUUGCAAAGUCAGUCAUGUUCCAAAGUGUGUUCGAAGUCAUAUAAUAAGGAACCGGGCAGUACUGAAAAGCUGCGACUACUUCAACGAGGAAUGCGACUCAACUACCAACAUCAUUGGAUCAUUGACAACAUGCCAGUCACGUUCUGUUUCAACAAUCAACAAGAUGUGAAGGUUUGCACCACAGGUUUCCCAAUGGGUUGCUACGUGGAUGCGAACGGCCAACCUCGCGAUGCGUGUGUUAUCGACCCGCGAUUCAACCAACCCGACAGUUAUUACAUAUUUAAUCAUGUCGAUAUUACUAUCGAGUACCGUGACAUGACGAAGGAUCAGAAUUUUUUGGAUGGUGAACAGGUCGGUGGUCGUAUAAUUCACAUAUUAGUAAAACCUCGCUCCAUCAAACAUCCCAGCGCUGACAAGUUGGAUUGCUCAGAAACGGCGCCACCAUUCCCCAUCAAAGCUACUGAGACCACUACUGAAAUCGUAUACACUUAUAAAGUUGAUUGGGUGCCAACUGAUGUGAAGUGGUCUUCACGAUGGGAUUAUAUUUUGGACUCAAUACCGCAUUCGAAUAUCCAAUGGUUCUCCAUUAUGAAUUCGCUUGUUAUUGUGCUGUUCCUAUCUGGAAUGGUUGGAAUGAUCCUUAUGAGAACGUUGCAUCGUGAUAUUGCAAGGUACAAUCAACUCGACAACGAGGAAGAUGCCCAGGAAGAAUUUGGGUGGAAAUUAGUCCACGGAGACGUGUUCCGUCCUCCUCGGAAUGCUAUGAUGCUUUCCGUUUUUAUCGGCGCAGGAUGUCAGACACUACUUAUGGUGUCCAUCACUUUAGUGUUCGCUUGCCUCGGAUUCUUGUCCCCAGCGAAUCGAGGGGCGUUGAUAACGUUUGCACUGGUUUUCUACGUUCUUUUUGGUAUUGUUGCUGGAUAUGUUGCAGCUCGUUUAUAUAAAACAUUCCAAGGUGUGCAUUGGAAAACGAAUGUUAUUCUCACAAGCUUCUUGAUUCCAGGGAUUUUAUUCACCGUAUUUUUCUUCACAAAUCUUCUGUUAUGGGCGAAAGGUUCAUCUGCUGCAGUACCUUUUGGAACACUUGUUGCUCUCUUGUCUCUUUGGCUUUUCAUCUCCACACCUAUGACAUUCAUCGGAGCAUUCUUUGGCUUCAAAAAGAGGGCGAUUGAGGCUCCUGUUCGUACCAACCAAAUUCCUCGCCAGGUUCCUGAACAGACUUUAUACACGAAACCACUUCCUGGAAUGCUAAUGGGUGGAAUACUACCGUUCGGAUGCAUUUUUAUUCAACUUUUCUUCAUUCUUAACAGUAUCUGGGCACAUCAAACUUAUUACAUGUUUGGUUUCUUAUUCGUCGUGUUCCUAAUCCUAAUUAUCACGUGUUCGGAAGCUACCAUUCUUCUUGCAUAUUUCCACUUAUGUGCUGAGGAUUACCACUGGUGGUGGCGUUCAUUCUUUACGAGCGGUUUUACUGCAGUAUACCUGUUUGCCUACUGCGUACGCUUCUUCACUAGUAAACUUGCGAUUACUGGGGUUGUGUCGACCAUUUUGUACUUCUCAUACACGGCAAUUUUCGUCUUUAUGUUCUUCCUUAUGACAGGUACAAUCGGUUUCCUAUCGACUUACUACUUUAUGCACAAAAUAUACUCAUCUGUGAAAGUGGAUUGA